UUGUUUAAAAAAAGUAAACGAGCGUCAGAUAUAUAUUAUAUAUAUAUAUAUAUAAUGUGGUUUUAUAUCUUGAAAAAUAUUUUAAUAAGAUAAAUUAUUUUUCUAACAAUAAGAAAAGAUACGGUAGAAUAACGUCGCAUUCGAUGCGCUGACGUAAAGCCGGUAUAAGUUUCUACAUACGAUUGAUCACUCCACGUGUGUGAUAACAUAUGUAUAACCUCAAUAAAAUUUGCGUGGAGAUUUUUCGAAAUGAAUAAUAGUGAAAAAAUGCAAUUAGAUGUGUGGAAAGGUGAUUGGGGUUUGGCGUCAAUUGACAUAGAAUGUUUGCAAGUUUUGGCCUAUGCGAGGUUCAAUGGGAUACCGUUACAAGUAAAAGCAACAAAUAAUCCUUUUAAAACACCAAACGGUCGAUUACCUGUAUUAAGAACAAAAUACACUAGCUUGGAUAAAGUUAGUGAAAUAAUACAGUAUCUUAAAAAAACAAAUUUCAAUUCAACAUCUACAAAUAAUUCAAAAGAAUACGCAGAAUUUGUAGCUUAUGAUACUAUGCUUAAAGAUAAACUUUAUCCUGCAAUGCAAUUUAUAUGGUGGCUAGAUCAAACAAAUCUUAAUGAAUUAGUGAGGCCUUGGUAUUGUAAAGCUGUGCCUUUUCCUUUGAAUUAUUAUUAUCCAAGUAAAUUUGAAAAUCAAGCAAAAGCUGUGAUAGAAAUGUUAUAUCCUACUGAGGAUAAUAUGUCUGUAAUAGAAAAUAAGGUAUAUUCAGAGGCUCAAAAAUGCUUAACAUCAUUAUCUACUAGACUUGGAGAUUCUAAGUAUUUUCUUGGCCAAUCUCAUACUAUGUUGGAUGCGGUUGUAUACUCUUAUUUAGCACCAUUAUUGAAAACACCUUUAGUUAAUCCUCCUUUGCAAAAUCAUUUAAAAGCAUGUACGAAUUUGGUCAAUUUUGUAACACAUAUAUCGCAAAAGUAUUUUAGAGAUGAAUAUCAACAAUAUGAGAAAAUAAAGUCAGAAAAUAACGUAAAGAGAAUGAGAAAAGACUCUUACACAGAAUUUCCAAAUAAACGACGUGAUCAAAUAUUAGCUGGUAUAUUUGCUGCAGUAGCUAUGAUUGGUUAUGCCUUAUUAACUGGGAAAUUGGAGGUGCCUAUAAAGGACAAUAAAAUGAUUAGUCAAGCUGAAGAAUAUAUAUUAGAGGAUGAAGUUGAUGAAUAAGAUUUAUUUAAGGUAUUCAAAUAGUAACAAUAAAAAUUUUGAAUAACAGUGUCAUAAAUAUAUGGUUUUAUAUUUCACAAUAAUAAACAGUUUAUUUUUUUGGAAAUAUAAGCUAUUAUUUUGCAUUUUAAAUGCAUGAUAAAUGGAAUUAUAAACUUUGCCAUUAAUUUUUUCUUGAUCUAUGUUUUGGAAAAAUUCCAGAAGUAGCACAUUGUAUUUCUUCUAUGAAACUUUCAAAAUUAUGAAUUGUAGUACCACCUAAGAUAAUUUGUACGCCUGGAUUUUGUUUGUUUAAGUUAUAUAUAGUUAAACUUUCUUCAUAUGUUGUUCCACCUAUCAUAAACACAAUAAUAUCUUGUGGCCUAUGAAGUUAAGCAAAUAAUUAGAGAUAUCUUUAUAAUCAUUGAAGAUGCAUUAAAUAGCUGUAGAAAAUUCUUAUAAUUACCGUUUAGACAUAACUAUGUUUCCCAAAAAUGGAUAUGUUUGCGUAUUUAAUCUUCCUUUUAUUAAAUCUUCAAUAAUCUCGUUUAUUAGUGGCGUAUGUUGCGUGUAUACAUUAUCUACUCCAUUCAAUUCUUUAAAUAGUUUUUUUGUGAUUUUUACAACUGAUUCUUUGUCAAAUAAAUUAUUUUGCCUAUUAUUAAUACCACUAUAUUCUAAUACAUUAUGAACAAGCUGUAGAAUGAAAAAAAUAAUUAUUUAUUAACUUUACAACUUAUGCACGAAAGAAGUUCUGCAAUAUUUGUGCUUAAUUUGUUAUAUAAUAAUUUAUUACCUUAACAUAUUUCUCUGAAAUAUUCCUUUUCUUCAAUAAAUCUAACAAGACAGAAAUCUGAUUAUUUGCAUGAUUUUCAUAAUGAAGUGCAUAAAGCAUGACUAAUCGUGCAGCAUCGAGUUCUCUUACUUUCUCAUCGUUAAUAAGCUUUUUAACUCUCUGGAGCUAUAAGAAUGAAAUAAUUUUUUUUUCCUCCAUAAAACUUCAUAUACAUUUAAUUAUAUAAUAUUAUACGAUUAUACAAUAUUCACAAUAAAAAUAACAUACUUGUGCUGAAUGAUCAUUUUGACAACUGAGUUCUUGUUCUAAUGCCGAUACUUCCAACAAAUUAUGUUUACUAACAAGGGAAGAAAGUUCUCCCACAACAGUUACAUGUUUAGUUACUGUUCCAGACAUUUUUUUGAAGAGUGGAUACGUUUCUACAAAAUUUUUCAUAUCUUCUAUACUUUCUACUUUCUGUUGAUUUUUUGCCUUUCUUUGAAAUACAUCCAUCAGUUCCUUUAUUGUCUGUCCAAUUUCUCCAAAAUUUAGAUACAAGUUCUAUUUGAAAGAAUAUAUUUGUAAAUAAAAGAAUGUAACGCACAUUCUCGAUAAUUAUUGUUCUAAUUACUUUCUUACAUUGGCAUAAAAUUCAUCAUGUUCUGCGCUAAGAACAACUUCUUUUAACUCUUUAGAUAUAUCUUUUACAUGAGAUAAAUUAACACGAUUAUUAUUAAUUGUUAGUAAUUCAUGGACCAUUGCUUGAUAUGUCCACUGAUUUAAUAAUGGCGUAACUGGAUCAUCUCUUCUAUCGACAAUGAGUAACACAGGAUUAGAUUCCUGUCUGAAUUCAAAAGAACUUGAUUCCUUACUUAAUACCUCACGAAUUUUCUCUGCUAACUUUUUUGCCAUUUCAGAACUAUUUUGAUAACGAAUAAAUGGACAUUUCUUAAGUGAUAAUAAAACUGACGUUAUACCUUGCACUGUUCUUUGCAAAUGUUCCGGAUUCCAUACCAAACCUUAAAAAUAAAUUUGUCACAUAAUAAUCUUAUUUUAAAUUGAUAUUCAUUAUUAUUUAAAUUACAAUAUAUUAAAGCGACAUAAUUGCUUGUCAUACUAUAAUACCUUUAGAACAUGCAGGAA